GUGGUAGUGAUGGCGGCGCUCACUGAGACUUCCCUGUCACUGGAUACUACUACUCCCAGCCCUCCUCAAAGCCGCCGGAGCAACCCCCUGGUCUUUAGUUUACAAGUCGCAAUUUGACUUGCUCUGCUGCAUGUCUGGAGGGACCGUGGAAAGUGUGGAGACGCCCCGGGGAUUAAGCGAUCGCAGCUUAAAAAGAAAAAAAGCCAAACAAAUAAACAAAACCCACCCACCCUAACAAACAUGAGGCUGCUGGAGAGAAUGAGGAAAGAAUGGUUCAUGAUUGGAAUAGUGCUGGCGAUCGCCGGAGCUAAACUGGAGCCAUCUAUAGGGGUGAAUGGGGGACCACUGAAGCCAGAAAUAACCGUCUCCUACAUUGCUGUUGCAACAAUAUUCUUUAACAGUGGACUAUCAUUAAAAACAGAGGAGCUGACCAGUGCUUUGGUGCAUAUAAAACUGCACCUUUUCAUUCAGAUCUUUACGCUUGCAUUCUUCCCAGCAACAAUAUGGCUUUUUCUUCAGCUUUUAUCAAUCACACCCAUCAAUGAAUGGCUUUUAAAAGGUUUGCAGACAGUAGGUUGCAUGCCUCCCCCUGUGUCUUCUGCAGUGAUUUUAACCAAGGCAGUUGGUGGAAAUGAGGCAGCUGCAAUAUUUAAUUCAGCCUUUGGAAGUUUUUUGGGCAUCGUUAUAACACCCAUGCUACUGCUGCUUUUUCUUGGCUCGUCCUCUUCUGUGCCUUUUACAUCUAUUUUUUCUCAGCUUUUUAUGACUGUUGUGGUUCCUCUCAUUAUUGGACAGAUUGUCCGAAGAUACAUCAAGGAUUGGCUUGAAAGAAAGAAACCGCCUUUUGGUGCUAUCAGCAGCAGCGUGCUCCUCAUGAUCAUCUACACCACCUUCUGUGACACGUUCUCUAACCCAAAUAUUGACCUGGAUAAAUUCAGCCUUAUUCUCAUACUGUUCAUAAUAUUUUCUAUUCAGCUGAGUUUUAUGCUUUUAACCUUCCUCUUUUCAACAAGGAAUAAUUCGGGUUUCACACCAGCAGACACUGUGGCUAUCAUUUUCUGUUCUACACACAAAUCCCUCACACUGGGAAUUCCAAUGCUCAAGAUCGUGUUUGCAGGCCACGAGCACCUCUCUCUAAUAUCUGUGCCCCUGCUCAUAUACCACCCAGUUCAGAUCCUUCUGGGAAGUGUGUUGGUGCCAACAAUAAAGUCUUGGAUGGUGUCAAGGCAGAAGGGAGUGAAGUUGACGAGGCCAACAGUAUAAGAAAGGAGGCACUCUUCAUGCAGCGAUGUAUAUAUGUACAGGACUGUACAUACAAACAGUUCUGAGGGCUUGUACUUGGGAAUGUUGCUUCAAUGCAUAUUUUAUUUUUUUACACAAAAAUAUGAUAUAACAGUUUAAGUGCCUUAAAAUGUAUU